AUGGACUUCAAGUACAGCGUCAAGGUGGUGACAGGCAACAACAUCAAGGCAGGCACUAUUGAUGCCAUUUACAUCACCUUGGUGGGCACCGAGGGCGAGAGCCCCAAAACUGCAAUGGACAACUUUGGUGUGGACUUCUUUGCUGGAGCGGUGAGUGAUUACAAAGUCUCUAGCAAACAGGACCUGGGGGACAUUGUGCUCAUCCGUCUCAACAAAGAAACCAAACUCCUCCUCACCCCCACGAACUGGUACUGCACAUUUAUCACCGUGACGUCCCCCAAAGGGGUGGCCUACCGCUUCCCUUGUUACCAGUGGAUGGAAGGGCGGCAGUCUUUGGAGCUGCGGGAGGGAUCGGCUAAAACCCCUGCCAUGGAUACUCUACCUUUGCUCAAAGAAUUCCGGAGUAAGGAGGUCCAGCAGAGGCAGUCUUUCUACCAGUGGAAGGUAUGGAACGAGGGCGUCCCUCACUGUCUGAACGUCUCUUCUCCAAAAGAGUUAGAAACUGAAACCAAAUUCUCCUUCGUCAAAGGAACCUUCUUUAUUGGACGAGCUGUAAGCAAGACCAUAGAGCACAAGCUGAGAGGAUAUUCUGAUAGCAAAAGAUCCUGGGGGAGCCUGGAUGACAUCAAGAAUGUUUUCUGGUUCAACAAGUCAGAAACAUCAGUAUAUGUCACAGAGCACUGGAAAGAAGAUGCCUUCUUUGGGUACCAGUUCCUGAAUGGACUGAAUCCCAAAUUGAUCCAGAGAUGCACCACGAUCCCACCAAAUUUCCCUGUGACUCAGGAAAUGGUGGCCAAGUCCCUUGGAGCGGACACCACGCUGGAGAAAGAGCUGCAGAAGGGCAACAUCUUCAUUGUGGACUACAAGCUCCUGGAAGAUGUCCCGGCCGGGGUGAUCAACGGGCGCCAGCAGUACAUUGCCGCCCCUUUGUGCUUGUUGUACCUCUCCCCGCGGAAUCAUCUCAUGCCCUUGGCCAUUCAGCUCAGCCAGACCCCAGGUCCACAGUCGCCCAUCUUCCUGCCGAGUGACUCCGAAUGGGAUUGGAUCCUGGCCAAAACCUGGGUGCGCACUGCCGACUUCAGCAUCCAUCAGGCUGUUGCACAUCUGCUCCGGACGCACCUGUUGGCCGAGGUGUUUGCUAUGGCUAUCAUCCGCCAGCUGCCCGCAUGCCACCCGCUCUACAAGCUCCUGAUUCCCCACAUGCGCUACACCUUUCACAUCAACACCUUGGCCCGGGAGACCCUCAUUUCCAAAGGAGGGAUCUUUGAAGAGCAAACUGCUAUUGGUUACGAGGGCAUGGUGAAAACAUUGCAGAAAGGAACCAAAGAAUUGACCUUGACUUCUCUCUGCCUUCCGGAGGAUCUGGAAGCCCGCGGGGUAUCCUCGCUGCCCCAUUACUACUACAAGGAGGAUGGCAUGAAGCUCUGGGCAGUCAUUCUAAGAUAUGUCUCUGGCAUCAUCGACUUGUAUUAUCCGACUGAUAAUGCUGUGCAGGAAGAUUCUGAGCUGCAGAAAUGGAUGAAGGAGGUCUUUGAGAAAGGUUUUCUGGCGCAGGAGUCUUCUGGAAUCUCUUCCUCAUUCACUUCUGUGCAACAGCUGAAAAAGUUCAUGACGAUUGUAAUUUUUACCUGUUCGGGUCAGCAUUCAGCGGUCAACAGUGGGCAGUUUGAUUUUGGCUCCUGGAUGCCCAACUUCCCGUCUUCGAUGAGGAAACCCCCUCCGACCAUCAAGGGCACCACAACCUUACAGGAGUACAAAGAUGUAGUCCCAGACAUCAGUACCACGUGCAAGAUGCUCAGCACCCUGUGGCUGCUCAGUGCCCCUCCAGAAGACGUGGUGCUGCUGGGCAAUUACCCGGAGCAGCAUUUCACAGAAGAGGCACCUAAGAAACUCAUUGCUACCUUCCAAGGAGAACUGAAGAAUCUUUCCAAGGAAAUUGAGCAGAGGAACAAGUCCAUGGCCAACAUGGGGGGACCGGUCCCUCUCGGAUACAAGUAUAUGAAUCCUGCAGAGACCGAGAACAGCGUCUCCAUCUAA